UUCACAUCUACUUUCAUUUUACAUUUUUAGACAGUAGUUUGACUUUUUAGAGGGACUGUAAUUGAAAACCCAAAGGCAAGAGAUCAAAGAAGAUUACAAGUAAGAAAAGACUUAUUUAAUCUAAUGCCUAUGGCACCAAUACCCCAACCGGAUGAUAAUGAGAAACCAAAUAGUCACCGAGAUGAGGUGGAUGCUGUUGAUGUCCCUGAUCAGAUUAUUAUAGCGGACAGUUCUGAUAGCGAGAUAGAUGAUGAAGAUAUGGGUUAUGGUGGAUACCAGAUGCUUCAGCAGUCGAUUGGAGAUUCAGAUGAUGAUGAAGAAACCUCAGAGACUGUUGAUCCAGCUGUGUCGGUGGAUACAAGUGGAGUUAUAGUGGAUGCUGAUGUGGAGAGAAGUACAACAGCAGAUGAAGCUAGCAGACUACCAUCAGGACUGUUUGUUGCUGGAGGGACCAUGCCAUCUUAUAUGAAGGUACCUGAUCUGCCGAGACCCUCCCCUGGGGAACUUCUUUGGAAUCAGCAAGUGAACAGAGACAUUCAGAUCAAUGAAGACCAAUCAGAACAAAUCAAAAAGACAAUGUCUGCCAUUAAGCUGCCAGAAAACAACAUUCCAACCUGGGCAAGCGAUAUCUCAGAGGAUGAGUGGAAAAAUAAACUCCAGAAUUUGAUAGGUCAUAACUAAUGAGUUUGACUAAACAUUUUUAUGAGUUUUACAUUUUAUGCAAGUGAUGUUUUUAAAAAAGUGACAAUUCAAAAUAGAAUUUUUGAGAUUAUUUGUUCAUAGUCUAAUAAAAGGAUUUAAUUAAUGUAGGAUAAUUCAAUUUCUGAUAUUCUACAGUAUAUUUGAUUGGCAAUAGAGUAGAAUGACUCAAUACAUUUUUACUUCAUAUAUAUUAAUAUGUAAUUUUAAUGUAAUCAAGUCUACAUGUUAUGUUUGAAUUUUGUUCAAAUUCCUGGUUAUGUACUGGAAGACACAAUUUUUAUCAUAAUUUUAUUGAUAGAAAAUUAUAAUUUUUAAGAAAUAAACUUCGAUAGUUAAACUAACAAAUGUUUACUCAUGUAAACUCAGUUUUAAGUUUUUGCAGUAUGAAAAAAUGUAAAUUGUUCCAACCAAGUCUAUAUUAAUUAGUAUAAAUUGUAUAGCUAUAAAACUCACUACACAAAUAACAUGUGUAUGUAUAUGUGGAUAUCUAUUUACUAAAAUCUGGCUUUAUUCAAAAUACUAGUAGCUACAAAUCACUUACACCAAACUCAGUAAAAAUCUCUUGAAAUGUGAAACCAUAACACACUGCCUAUAUGUAACAGAUAUACUUAUCUAGACUUUCUGUCAUUCCACACUUAAAUGUAUACUGUAGUUUCCUUAUUUUACGGGAGUACUUAAUUCCGCAUUUCAACGGUUUAGCAUCAAAUCGCGAGAAUGUAAAACUGCAAACACCAAAUUUUUAUCAUAAUUCCAAAUAGUUUACAUCUGUACAAAAAUUAAAGCGAGAUUUUAAAAUCUGCAAGAUGUGCUUAUCGCGAUUUAAUAUUGUUUUCUCGCGUUUAAUUAGGAAUUUACAGUACUGUUUAUGAUAAUUAAGUUUUUCCUUGCAUUUGAAAAUACAUGUACAAAUGGUAAAUGAACAGAUUGAGAAUGUGAAGAUCAACAUGUUGUGGUUACAAUAGUUACAAGGUGCCAGUAAUUGAAAUGUAUAAAACUUAAAUCUUAAUCAUCAAUGAUCAUGAUGUCAAUGAUGUAUCUUAUUCAAUGGAAGAAUUGUCUUACAAAAAUAAAACACCUUUUGUUUUUGUGUUUCUAUUUAUUUAAUUAAAGAUCCAAUAAAUAGUUUCAAAACAAGU